AUGCCCGCGCCGCCGUUCCUCGUCGGCCUGAGCGCGGGGGCGUCGCUCACCGCAAUCGUCCGCGUCGUCUCGACCGCGGGCGACCGCGGGAGGAAGCCGAAGUCGUCGUCAACCGCCGGCGGCGACGCGCGGGGUGGGGGUGGAGACGACGACAGCGCGUCGAAGACGAAGAAAAAGAAUGUCAUCGCCGACGCGUCCUCUUCUCGCCGCCCUCGCCUCGUCGUCAAGCCGAAGCCGUUCGUGCGCGCGCCGGAGGAUCCGCCCCCGGACGACCCGUGCCCCAAGUGCGGCGGCGGCGGACGCGCGACGUGCGUCGAGUGCGCGGGGAGAGGGCGGACCAACUACCCGAAUCAGGCGAUGCUCCCGCCGAGCGCGUGGCCGGAAUGGUGCGGGUACUGCCGCGGCAGCGGGAGGAUAUACUGCGCGAGCUGCUCGGGGUUGGGGAAGAAGCGCGGGAAGAUCGGGUUCGAUCUGAACGACUGA